AUGGCGCUCAGCGCCUCGACCUUCCUGCUCGUCAUCCUGUUCGGGUCGGCGGCGUGGAUGGGCACGAACUCGAUCUGGAUGCAACUGCCGCUCGUCACCUCCGUGCUGCCGGAAGCCUGGAAUCUGCCGUCAUUCCUUGCGGCCGUCGUGCAGAUAGCCUGCAUCGGACCGCUCGUCUACGGCAUCUUCCACAAGCGCCUGCACGCCCCGACGGUCAUCGUCGCGCUGCUGGUGUUGCUAUUGGUGUGCUCCUUUCUGCUGAUACCCUUCUGGGACGUCACGGCGUGGCUGGGGACUCAGCAGUACUCGCUGGUGCUGUACGCGCUAAUGUUUGGCAUUGCGUUGGUCAACAGCACGUCGAACGUGCUGUUCAUGCCGUUCAUGGCCCAGUUCCACCCGGCCUACCUGAACGCGUAUUUCGGCGGAAUGGGGCUGUCAUCGCUGGUGCCGAGCGUGCUCUCACUCGCGCAAGGCUCCGGCAACUAUGAAUGUGUCCGCAACGGUACAGCAAUGCUGCAACUCUACCACCCGGCGCGCUUCUCGGUGUCGGUGUUCUUCUCGGUGGUGGCCGGUUGGACGGCGUUGGCCGCCUUCGCCUUCGUGCUCCUCUACUGGACCGGCGCGCACAAGAAGCAUCGACAAACCGCAACCCCCCUCCCGGGUGAAAAAACAUACCCAGUGGAAGAGCUAGACGAGGAAACGCCGCUUCGGCCUCCAACCAGCCGGGAGCAGAAGACGGAAGUUGAUGAGGAGAUGAUCUCUUCGGGAAAGAGCCAAUCCAGCAGUGCCGCAAAGAGCAGCGACAACUCGGAGGCGAUUUCCGGCGGCUCUUACUACUGGAUUCUGGGGCUGACGGCGUUGGUGAACGCGCAGAUGAACGGUAUCAUCCCCAGCAUACACAGCUACGCAGCGCUACCUUAUUCACAGACAGUCUACCACCUCGGGCUGACCCUGUCGAACAUCGUGGCUCCGCUCGCGUCGUUCGCCCCGUUUUUGGUGCAGACCAGAUCCGUGCCCAUUCUGACGACCCUCUCGCUGACGUCGUCCUUCUUCACGGCGCUGAUCGUCUACCUUGCAUCGCGGAGCCCCGACUAUCUGUUUGGGAAUUACGGCGCCGGGGCCGGGCUGGCGGUGGUUGCUCCAAUCCUUGCCGCCGGUCUCCACUCUUUUCUGCGUACCCUGUUUGCCUCCGUACUCCGCGAGGGGUCCCACGGCAGCGAAUCGCGGCUAUUCUGGUGCGGUGUCUUCAUCCAGAUCGGCUCGUUCGUCGGCUCGGCGGUGAUGUUCCCGCUCGUCAACUUUGCCAAGCUGUUCGAGGCGGCGCCGGCUUGCCGGCCA